ACCACUCUUUGCUCCAUAAUUUAAUUUUUCUUAGUAAAAUCAUUACCAAAGCAAAAAAAAAAAACAAUUCAAAGAUAUGUUUAGUGUUUAGUCAAAUAUAAAUUAACGCCAAGAAGGAAGUCUUCUUGGGUCACAAUAUAAAAUUUCAUAAUAUAGGGCGUAAAUCAAAUAUUUAAUACUUACAAAGCACGCCAAUGCAAUGUCAAGAAAAUACAGAUAGCUCCAACUUUAUUUGUGUCUUCACUGAAUAAAUAUGAACAGAAAAAUUUCGCGUAGGAAAAAGACAUAAACGAAAGAGAAGCGAAGACUUUUGUCGGAAGAGAGAGGACUUUCGUGGAUUAUAUCGUUGCUACCUCCGAUUGAAACACACAAGUUAGGGUUUCAUUACAAGAUUGUUUGUGUUCAUUAGAAUCAAUCAAAGAAAAAAAUAAUGGGAAAAUUUUGUUGCUUCACUUCCGAUUCCGAGGUUAUGGGAGGACAAUCAUCAUCUAGAUCAGGUAAAGGAAGAAGUGAUGAAGGGUUGAUCAAGUUUGGCUUUAGUCUAGUCAAAGGGAAAGCUAACCAUCCCAUGGAGGAUUAUCAUGUAGCUAACUUCAUCAACAUACAAGACCAUGAACUAGGUCUAUUUGCAAUUUAUGAUGGUCACAUGGGUGAUACUGUCCCUGCCUACUUGCAGAAGCACCUCUUCUCCAACAUCCUUAAGGAGGGAGAGUUUUGGGAAGAUCCUCGAAGGUCUAUAUUAAAAGCUUACGAGAAGACAGACCAAGCCAUUCUUUCGAAUAGCUCUGACCUCGGUCGUGGCGGGUCUACGGCUGUUACUGCUAUAUUGAUAAACGGGAGGAAGUUGUGGAUAGCUAAUGUUGGUGAUUCACGAGCUGUUCUUUAUCGAGGAGGUAAAACAAUGCAGAUGAGCACAGAUCAUGAGCCUCGUGCUGAAAGGUCGAGCAUUGAAGAUAGAGGUGGAUUUGUAUCCAAUCUACCAGGUGAUGUUCCUAGGGUGAAUGGUCAGUUAGCUGUGUCUCGUGCCUUUGGAGACAAGGGACUUAAGACACAUCUGAGUUCAGAACCUGACAUUAAACAUGCUAAUGUUGAUAGCCAGACAGAUAUUCUUGUCCUGGCAAGCGAUGGCAUUUGGAAGGUGAUGACAAAUGAGGAGGCAAUGGAGAUAGCUAAAAGGGUGAAAGAUCCACAGAAGGCGGCUAAGGAGCUAACAGCUGAAGCAUUGAGAAGAGAGAGUAAAGACGACAUAUCUUGUGUCGUAGUCCGGUUCAGAUGAUAAACUGUGGAAUGUAGAGGGAGAUGAUUCGUUCUUAAUAUAAUAAACCCCGCAUUUUUCAAUCAAGAUUCAUUAGGACACAAAGCUUGUUUCACUGGAUUUCGACUUAUGUGCCUUCGUUGUGUAAAUUGUGUGUGUUUUAAGAAGACAGAACAAAAAAAAAGAGUGUGUGGGUGGACACUGGUUACUGGUUACUGGUUACUGGUGACUGGUGGGGAUUGUGUUAUUAUUAUUGGUUGAUUUGUUAUUAUAAAUCUUCGGAAUAUAAUAUAGUAUAUAUGAUUAUUAUUUAAA